AUGUCAAAGAGAGCAGCAGUACGGGUUGAAGAGAGACAAAACAAGGAAAAUGGAAAUCAUGAGACCGAAAGUAGCUCUAAAAGCAAUGCAAAUAGGGAACAUUUCCCGGAAAGUGAUGGUUCAAAUUCGAAAUCGGAAUAUUUUGCAUCAAUUUCAUCUACUGCUAUCACCAGUCAACCUUAUCCACAAACAAACUUUUCCAAGAAUGCUAAAAUUUCAAAUGCUAUCAGUGGUCAAACUGGCAACAGAAAUGGUACAGACGAGGAACAAAAUAAUUAUUUACCAAUAAUUGAACAUAAAACUUUGCUAAAACUUGAACCACUCAAACAGUUUUACAUUCGACAGAACUCUAAUGUGAUGGAUACAUUUCUUGGUUUUCUUAGAAGGAAUCGAUAUGUUGUCCAAGAUAUCGAUGGAAAAUUGAUUUAUCAUGUAUUUGAAACAUCAGAUAAUACAUGUCAAUGUGAUUGUAGGACACCGCGAUAUUCUCAAUUACAUUUCACCACUUCUACAGGACAAGAAGAGAUGAGAAUGGAAAAAAUGAUAACAUGUCCAAGUUUUUUUACGCGAUGUGGUACUUAUCCAGUAUGCUGCACAUUUUCGACUAAUAAUUCUCAUCAGAUAAUGAUUGAAUCGCCUCCAGGACUUAUUAUUGGUGCAGUUAUCCAACAAAUUAGUUUCAUCAGACCUUACUAUCAAGUAGAGGACGCAGAAGGGAAUCUAAAAUAUUUUAUUGUUGGUUCAACACAUAAUUUCGGUUGCUUUGCAUGUUGUUGCUGUAAUAUACAGUAUGAGGUGAUAUCAGCAAGUAAGAACAUUCUUAUUGGUAUUAUCAUUAAAAAAUGGGCAGAAACGAAUGAUAAAACCACAGCUAUUGACAAUUUCAAUAUCUCAUUUCCACGAAAUAUCGCUGCAAGGGAUAAAAUGCUCCUGCUUGGAGCACUUUUUCUUAUUGCGAAUUUUAAGUAAGUGGAUACUAUGGAAAAACUUGGUAGGUUGCACAAGAUGACAGAAUGUAACAGGCCAAUGCUAACACCGAUUCCGUGA